AUGGCUGAGGCUGUGACAGAGACCAACGACCCUUCAUUUCCCUAUACUGCUAUUGGCAAGCUAGGCCAGUGUCAGACCACACUUUGGGCAGCGGUAAUCUUGCGCUUCGCUUCCUCCCGGACGUUGACCCUGCUGGCUGGUCAGGUUAGCGCACGGCUCACCAUCCCCAGCCCACGCCCAUCAAAAGACCCAGGGACAUGCCAUGGCCGUGGUCCAGAGCAGAGUUGCACAAUGAAUUACCACAUGCGUGCUCCAUGGGAUUUCGGGAUUUCGCACAGACAAAAGUUUGGCACGCCCAAUUGGCGGCACCGGAGCUUAUUUGAUACGACGACACCUAUGUUUAUUACGACAGAUGUUGGUUUGAGCGUUUCCCGCACAUCCCUGCAAAGCCUACUUCCCGCCGUCGCCCGCUAA